CUGGGUCGCUCGCCUCUCUACAUUGCCAUUGGGACACUUUGGUUCAAUCUUUGGUGUUGUGUUCUUGUUAUUGGCAGGCAGGCACUGGCUACUGGCCAGUGGGCAUCCCUUCAUACUCUAGAGACUAAGAGACUAGAGGUAUUGUAAUGGAAGCCAAGUUCUUUCGAUUCCUGAAAAUUGUGGGUGUUGGUUUCAAGGCUAGAGCUGAAUCAGAAGGCCGUCUGUUGUAUCUCAAACUUGGUUACAGCCAUGAUGUUGAAUUGACUGUACCCCCAGCUGUGCGAGUGUUCUGCUUCAAACCCAACAUAGUUUGUUGCACUGGGAUAGACAAGCACAGAGUGCACCAGUUUGCUGCUGCUGUACGUAGCUGUAAACCUCCAGAAGUUUACAAAGGGAAAGGCAUAAUGUAUAUUGAUGAAGUUAUCAAGAAAAAACAGGGAAAGAAGUCAAAGUGAUCAUCAUCUUUUCUAGAUCUAUUCACUUUCCAGAAAUGUGCUGACAUUUUGAACUCAAAAUAAUGCCAUUUUGUACCAUUAUCAAUUUUACUUUUACUUAUUUUGAAUUCUGAAUUGGUACUUUUAAGAUUCAGCCUGGAUGUUUUUGGGCUCAUACUUAUAAUCACAUUAUCAUUUAGGGUUUUA